GAAAAAAGGGAAAAAAGGAAAGAAGGGUCCAAACCUUAUUGAUGGAGUGGACACAUCCACCAUGAAUCGAGACCAACUUGAGGCGUUUGCCUUGAGGCUAAAAGCUGAAAUGGAACGUGAACGAGAGGAAAGGAACUUCUUUCAAUUGGAACGGGAUAAAAUACGAACAUUCUGGGAAAUCACCCGAGAGCAAUUAGAGGAAGCUAAAGCUGAAAUACGUAAUAUGGAUCGAGAAGUUCAAAAUGCUCAAGAGAAAGCCGAAAAUGAAAUUAGACAUGUUGUACAACAAAUGAAACAUUUGCAAUAUGAGAAUCAUACGAAAAUUGGUGAAGUUAGGGCUGAAGCGAUGACACAAUUGAAGUUGGCUCAAGAGGAACAUGUGAAACAGGAACAAGAGCUAUUGGAGGAUAAACGUGAGCUGAAGAAUUUAUUACGUGAAAAGGAUGAAACUACGGAGUUACAGUUGCAGCAAUUGAAAAUGAAGAAUAAUGAGGAAAUAUGUGAAAUAACAUCACGUUUUGAAGCCGAAGCAAAAGAUAUGGUUCGUUUGCAUCAAGAAAAAAUGCAACAACUUCGCCAUGACCUAGACAUUAAAUAUCAAAUGGAAAUGUUUGAAGUUGAAGAACGUAAAGAUGCUCAAAUUCAAAAACUUAACGAAGCUCAUGAUGUUGCUUUCAAUGAUAUGAAAAAUUAUUAUAAUGAUAUUACACUUAACAAUCUUUCGCUGAUAAGCAGCCUUAAAGAACAAAUGGAAGAACUUCGAAAACAAUCCGAACGUAGUGAAAGGCUUUAUUCCGAAACGUUAUCAGAAAACAAGAAACUCACAGAACCACUCAAUCAAGCUCGUUCGGAAUUGGUUGAAUUGCGACGCAAGCUCGAACACUAUGACAGAGAUCGUAACCAAUUGUCAAGGCUUAAGAAGGGCAAUGCCUCAGCUGAGAAACAAUUGACUCAACUUAAAUGGGAGACUGAGGCUUUAAUCAUGCGCAAUGAUACUCUUGUCGAAGAACGUGAAAAAUUGAAAGGAAAGUUCGAAGAAAUCGUAGUCGAACUACAGCAGAAGACCAGUCUUCGAAAUGUGGUUUUGGAAAGAAAGAUUUCACAGCUUGAAAAAGAUGCUGAAAAACGUGAAGCUUUACUCAACGAAACAAUUGCUGCUUCUGGUUUGAGCCCAGAGAAUAUGAAAUACAAGAUUGACAGUUUGUUAAAAUCAAAGAACAACACAAUUCAGGAGUUGAGGUACGAAUUGGCACGUGUUUGUAAGGCACACGAUGAUUUAUUGGCAACGUACGAAGCUAAAUUGACACAAUUCGGAAUACCAAAAGAUGAGAUGGGUUUUGAGCCAUUACGAACCGCGGGCAAGAUUAAAUUUGGCUCUGGUCCUGCUGGGCUAGUGGCAAAAAAUCAAUAACAACCAGAGAUGAAGUGAUGUAGUGUGUGAAUGCAGAGAGAGAGACUACCA